UUGUCUUCCCUAUAGAGCCAAUCGCAAGCCUUGCUGCCAUGGAAGUUGGGAGGGGAGCACGUGCCCAGGUGCCCGUCCAGGAUCCACCACAACCGCCAGUGCCUUUUACAGGUCAUGCCGCGGACGGCACUGCUUCGCCUUGCUGCAGCUUCGACGCGCGCGUCCUCGGCUCCCGCGGCGCGGCGGCUGUACUCGUCCUCACACUCACACGGACACGGCAGCGAGGAGCACGCGAUCACUCGGGAGGAUGAGCAGCUUCCACCGCCGCCCCACGGGCCGGACCCCGGCGUGCGGCGGCUGCCUCGUCGCCGUGGAGAGCAUCGGUGAGCAUGGAUAGAUAGUAAGCUUGCAUUCGAGCACUUCUGCAGUUCUGCUCAUGCGAAUACCCAGUGUUUCUUUUCUGCACUUCUUCUUUCCCUCCUCGCCAUUGCGAUUGCGACCACAUUCGUCUUCGUGGUGGCCGCAAUUAGGGCUCCACGAAAUACUCGUGGCUCGAUAACUCGCUCGAUUCGGUUCGUUUUAAUUUUGUAGCGAGCAAGCUAGCAUUCUAGCUCGUUUCUCUAAUGAGCCAGCUCGGGUAAGCUCGUGAGCUAGCUCGUGAGCCAAACAAGCCAAGCCACAACACAAGUUUGUCUAGUUAUUGGUGUCAUCUCAUCUCUCAUAGUCUUGUUUUCUCGUAGUUAUAAUCUUAGAUAUGGACAUGUGUGAAUGUGUCAUAUGCUCUUAUUGCUAUCUUAUUAUAAUAAGGGUAUAAAUCUGUAAGUUAAUACAUAUUUGGUUAUUUAAUUUAAUAUUAAAAGUAAGAACCUAGAACGAUGAUAUGAUAAUAAUAUUAUAAAGGUUUUGGGUGUGUAGUGUUAAACACUUAAAAUAUGAUUUUUCAGUUAUAUAUAUUUAUGUACAUAGAUCUUUUAUUUAGUUGUGUAGCUCGCGAGCCUAACGAGCUGACUCGAGCUUCCUAACGAGCCGAGUCGAGCCAGAUGUUUAGCUCGUUAGUAUAACGAGUCAAGCCGAGCUAGCUUAUUACAGUAACGAGACAUAAGCCUAGCCGCACUCUUCUUCUAAUCAAUCACAACACGACAUAUGCGUAUGGGCACAAGCAAGCAAAUGGCAAAUCCAAUCAUUCUAUUGUGAUGGGUUGCCAGUUGUCACGCUAUCUCUAUUAUAUUACUGCUUGGUCCCCGCGGCAACGGCUCCAACAACUAGGGAAAUCGACGGUGAGGAUCGUUCCACCGCACAUCCAAGCCGACAACGGCAACGCCACCCGCACGUCCCGCGCGGUCCGUCGGUCGCCCCCAGGAAACCACUGAAGUUUCAGCCCCAAACAGUCCAAUCACGCUAAUUAAUUACUUUCCCCCCAAAAAAAAGCCCCCCACCGCCUCGACCUCGAUUCCUCCGCCCCCAUCGCCGUCGUCUCCUCCUCCGCCUCCCUGUCUGUCCGCUCCGCACCUCCCCUAAAAAACCCCCCCGGCCAUUGCCGCACCGAGCUCCCCUUCCUCAAAUGCCCCAGGCCCGGACGCCUCGACGCCCAGCUCCGUGCUCGCAUGGCUAGCGGCGUCCUCCAUCGCUCCGCCUCCCUAUGUCUCCGCCCGGCCGCCGGCUCCUCCGCCGACUCCGGCCGGGGCCACGGCGCGGUUAUGAUCGGUGAUUCGAGGACGCGCGUUGCUGCUCUGCGGCUGGGAGGAUCUAGCCGGUCACGCAGCUGUCUGUCUUCAUGCUUCCCUUGCUUCCAUCGUUUUCGGAGAGAGUUAUUAUCUGUCACAAUGGCCUCCAGAGAUCACACUGGCUUGACCCGACAACUUCUUGAUUUUCAACAUGAUACAAUAGAUGAGGUAGGCGCAGGACAUGACCCAUUCAUUGAUUUGAAAGCGAGAUUCAUGGACUUUAAACAGAGAAACUAUGUGGAAAAAUUUUCAAAUUACCAAACCCUUGCUGAGCAGCAAACACCAAAGUUCAUGGUGGUUGCUUGUGCUGACUCCAGGGUCUGCCCUACCGCUGUUUUGGGGUUUCAGCCUGGGGAAGCAUUUACAGUUCGUAAUGUGGCAAAUUUGGUACCACCAUAUGAGCAUGGGGGGACAGAGACUAGUGCAGCACUAGAGUUUGCUGUCAAUACCCUCCAGGUAGAAAAUGUACUGGUGAUAGGCCACAGUAGGUGUGGGGGCAUCCAGGCACUAAUGAGCAUGAAAGAUGAUUCGACCUCCGGAAGCUUCAUUAAAAACUGGGUUUCAAUUGGGAAGAGCGCAAGGUUAAGCACGAAAGCUGCAGCUGGAAAUAUGAGUUUUGACAUACAGUGCAAACAUUGUGAAAAGGAAUCAAUAAAUAGUUCUCUGUUGAACUUGUUAACAUACCCAUGGAUUGAGAAGAGGGUGAAUGAAGGCACUUUGAAUCUUCAUGGAGGCUACUACAACUUCGUCGAUUGCACAUUUGAGAAAUGGACAUUGUUGUACCGUGAAGGGUUGGAAGGUGGAAGCAAGUAUGCCAUAAAGAACCGGUCCACCUGGUGUUGACCAACGAAGGUCGUGUUUACUUGGGUAAAUUUCACUCUGCCCCCCGCUGUUCAGCAUGGUUUCGCUUUGCCACUACGUUGUCCAUUUCCCAUUGCACCUUUGCUCCAUUGUGGCAUCGAUGUUCUCCGGGUCCCGGUAUCAAAUAACUGUGGCAAGGCUGUUGGCAUGCCAGCUUGAACUGCGUGUUGUAGUGUCGCAUACACAUGCGCAGGCACGUCUGCAUCGUAGCAGUUAUUUGAUACAGGAACUUUUUGAUACUGUAGAAGCACAAUACCACAAUGGAGUGAGGUGCAACGCGCGAUGGACAAUAUGGUUGCAAGGUGAAAGUCUGUGGAACUGCCGGGGGCAAAGUGAAUUUUAUCCAACUAUCUGUAAUAUGUGUGCUGUUUUCCGGUUGAAACUAUUAAGAAAAAAAUAGGAAUAAGCUGCAGGAUCGGUCGUAAUGCGUGUAAUUGUCGCCACAUUUGGCAUUACCUUGCUAUUGUAACAUUUGUACCAUUUGUUGUAUCAUUAUAACUGAGAUAUAUACGGUCUCGUCAAAUUUGCUUGGUGACAAUGUUGUUUGUUUGGAA